AUGGCCUGCUACGAAGCGAACGGCGACGACGUUGCCGGCCAGAAUUCACAGGGCGAAGGGCUGGCCGAAAUCGACCUCGGCAAUGCGUUGAAGGGCAGCGAGAAGGCCGACGCCAAACAGUUCGAACUGCUUAAGGUGCUUGGGCAAGGAUCGUUUGGAAAGGUUUUUCUCGUGCGCAAAGUACGCGGCAAUGACACGGGACAGGUGUACGCCAUGAAAGUGCUGAAAAAGGCGACGCUGAAAGUGCGUGACCGGAUGCGGACAAAAGUUGAGCGAAACAUUCUGGCCCACAUCUCCCACCCAUUCAUCGUCAAAUUGCACUACGCCUUUCAAACCGAGGGCAAGCUGUACUUGAUUUUGGACUUUUUACGAGGUGGUGAUUUGUUUACGCGACUGUCGAAGGAGAUAAUGUUCACCGAGGAAGACGUGAAGUUCUACCUGGCUGAGCUGGUGCUCGCCUUGGAACAUCUACACUCGCUGGGGAUUGUUUAUAGAGAUUUGAAGCCGGAAAACAUCCUCCUCGACGCCGACGGCCAUCUAAAAGUUACAGACUUUGGCCUGAGCAAAGAAUCAGUGGAUGGCGACCAGAAGACGUACAGCUUCUGCGGCACCAUCGAAUAUAUGGCCCCGGAAGUGAUCACGAGGCGUGGCCACACAUGCGCCGCCGAUUUUUGGUCUCUCGGAGUGUUGAUGUACGAAAUGCUGACGGGACGAUUGCCGUUUACUGGAGUGGAUCGGAAAGAUACGAUGCAACAGAUAUUGAAGGCCAAACUAACGAUGCCCCACUUCCUCUCCCCCGAUGCUCAAUCACUCCUCCGCUCCCUCUUCAAGCGAAACGCCGCCAACAGACUUGGCGCCGGGCCAGAAGGUGCCGGCGAGCUCAAGAAGCACACCUUCUUCGCGUCGAUCGACUGGGCAAAGUUGUUGAGGAAGGAGAACACACCCCCGUUCAAGCCAGCCGUCACGACAAAUGACAUCACGCUGUAUUUUGACCCGGAAUUCACCAAGAAGACGCCCCGGGACUCGCCAGCCUUGCCGCCGUCGGCCGCCGCCCACGAGCUGUUCAGGGGAUUCUCGUUUGUAUCGCCGUUGGUGAUUGGGGAGAUGAAGGAUGGCAUCAAAAAGUCGACGAUCCGCAACGCGAAGACGACCCCCUUCUCCGAGGAGUACGAUGUUCACGAGGAACUAAACCGUGGCACCUAUGCCGUUGUGAAGCGCUGCACACUGAAGAACACCAAGAAGGAAUUUGCCGUUAAGAUGAUCCGCAAAGCCGAGCACGACGCCGCCGAGGAGGUCGACAUUUUGUUGCGCUACGGGGCUCAUGCUCACAUCGUCAAGCUAUAUGAUGUGUUUGAGGAUGAGGCUAUCGUAUAUUUGGUGUUGGAAUAUUGCCGUGGUGGUGAGAUUAUGAACCGGCUGAAUCGAGUGACCGAAAGGGAAGCCGCCCAAAUUAUGUGCGCCCUGGCGAAUGCUGUCCAAUAUCUACAUUCAAAUCAGGUGGCUCAUCGUGACCUGAAACCGGCAAACAUCAUGUUCGCUAGCGAAAAGGGCGAAAUCGACUCGCUGCGCAUCAUCGACUUCGGCUUCGCCAAGCAAAGCCGGGCAGAGAAUGGCAUGCUUAUGACACCAUGCUACACUGCACAAUUUGUGGCCCCCGAGGUGUUGAAGAAGCAGGGGUAUGAUAGGUCGUGUGACAUCUGGUCACUGGGUGUGCUGUUGUAUGCAAUGCUGUCAGGCACAACCCCCUUCUCCACGGGACCCAUGGACACACCACAACAAAUCCUCAAACGAGUUGGCCAAGGAAAAUUCUCGAUGGACGGCCCGCAGUGGGAUUGCGUGUCCGAUUCUGCAAAGGACCUGGUGCGCCGGAUGUUGACUCUCGACCCGGGCCGCCGUUUCCGAGCCCACCAGAUCGCCACACAUCCCUGGAUCACCCAGCGGCACUCGCUGCCCCAAGCCCCGGCCGUCAACCUUAUGGAUAUGAAUCAUAUCAAGAACCAACUGGAGCAGACGUACCGGGCCCUCGGCAGCACGCCGCAAGUCGCCCUCUGCGACGUCAACGCGUCGGCUUUGGCCCAGAGACGUCGCCGCAUCUUUAAAGCCAAUGAAAAUAUUGCCGAG